AGGGGCACCAAAAUCAUCUUCAUAUUUCAAAGCAGAAUCCAACAUUCGCAUUUUGGCCAUUUGAAUCUCAACCAAGUGAUUACAAUCUGUGAAAGUGAUCUGCACACACAGUAAGAACACAAAUGUCUUCAGAGAAGAGUUCAAUGGAUGCUCCCAUUACUCAGGAGAUUGAGGAGAGAUUGAAGGAUCUGGGUGUUGAUGAUAAAUCCCAAGAAACAACAAAAAAGAAAGGCAUGGAGGAUAAGAAAAAAGAAUCAGAUUUGGAACAUACAUCUGAGGCUAAGACUGAGACUGACAAGGUAGAGGAGAAGAUGGAUAUUGAUGAAGAUAAAGUUGUCAAGGACAGUGAAAAGGAAGUGGAAGUAGAAGUGGCUUGUGUGGAUCACAGGACUUAUGCUGGAGAUGAGGGCAAGACUGAAGAUGUUCCAGUUACAAUUGUUCAUGAGAUUCAUGGCAAAAAGGAGUUACCUCCUUCUGGGAUCCUUCAGACUGCGGGUGCUAAGGUUAUGACCACAGCCACUGGUAUCAAGGAUUCCAUUGUUGGAAAACCCAAAAGUAGUAAGUGAUUUUCCAAAAAAUUGUAAUUGAUUAGGUCAUUUUGUUUGGUGGAAUUGUGCAUUUUUUAAAUUUUGAGUUGUGGGGAAAAAGGUUGUCUGUGUAUUCUUGUUUAUUUAUUUGGGUAAGUAUGGAUUUAAUUCAAAGGACAGCCUUUGGGAAAUAUGGUGGUUCUGUUGUUGGUUAUUAUGUUUGGAUUGGCCAUGGCCAGAAUAUUAACCAUAUCAGCUACUUGUAAUGUACAAUUCUUUUGACUGUUGAUGAAUUUUAUUGGAAUUUUAUGAUCA